AUGAACAAAACCAUGCUUCGCAGAACCGUGGCUGGUGCCAUACGAGCACCGUCGUUGGUAGCCCGUUCAUUUACAAAUUCUGCUAUAACGAUGGCGGAGAAUCCACUUCCUUCGUCACCAGAAAUGAAAAGUGAAAGUGCGUGGACCAAGGACACCACGAGCAACAGCAGUUCGGUUGUAAGUCAGGUUGUGGGAUUAGCACGCACGAUCCAAGAAAGCUCUCAACCCCCAGUACACAUAGAUACCAUGUUCACCAAGCGGUUUGGCGUGGGCGAAACUUAUGACCCAUUUGACUUUUCCAACGAUAAAUUAGACAUCCAAAAAAGAGAAAGAAGAUCAGCACGAGCAUCAGGUACAUCCAGAGACCCAUUUGAAAACGCCGGUAUUGAUCCUUUGGACGUGUAUAUGAUGCCAGAGUUGUUGUCGCGGUUUUUAAGCUCCACAGGACAGAUAUUACCACGAGAAAUCACCGGUUGCAACAACAAAAACCAGAGAAAGCUCUCAAUGGCCAUCAAGCGAGCACGGGCAUGCGGAUUACUUUCUUCCGUCCACAGACAUGCGCGGUUCUUGCCCACGCGAAACAUGUAA